AUGUACGGCGCGGACGUCACGCACAAUUACUUGACUCCAAACGGUUUCCCACGUGGGCUCGACAAACAGUACUUUGAUCCGUCCAAUUUCGGGCGCCUGACCGGCGAGGAGAAAGAUCUGGCUUGCAACAUCCCGUUCUCGCAGAUGCAAAUCUUGGUGCCCAUCUUGUUCAUCUGGACCCUGACAAUUGUGGCGGACCUGCGACGCUGUGGAGAUUUGUUUGUUCGUCUCAUUCUGGCCACGCCAACCAUCACCAGCAUGAAGGACUCUGUGGUCGAGGGUGAUGGGGAAUGCGAGAUCAUCGUUGGCUUAACGAAAGAAGUCAAGGCCAUGCUCCUUUCCACAUGUAUGAUCCCACGUUGGGUCAUUGAUGUCUAUUUACUUUGGCUCGGGUGCCGCUGGUUAUCUGCCACACCGAAUUUUGGAGACUUGCUGCUCAACUCAGUUGCCUUGGAGUUCAUCGUGCUUCUGAAGGAUACGCUCUUCAUCGGUGUGGUCCCAGAUCGCAACAAGCGAGCCACGCAGAACACACUGAUCCAACCAUGGCAGAAGCGUGAACCUGCAAACUACCGAGUCUUCCUAUCAGCCUUUGUCCUCGUCCUCGUGUCUUUCUCGUGGGUCUACUACUACAUCUAUCGCUUCCAGGCUGUGCUGCCAGAUUACAAGUGGGAUGUUCACGAGGUGGGCUUCCCGCUUUCUUCGUGGUCCUUGCGAGAUGGCAGUUUGAAGUUCAUAAGUAAAAAGACACAGCAGCACGACAGGGCAGGGCAGAAAAGUGUAUGUUCAGCACAUUAG